AUGGACUUGCUGAAUGAACAAGGAUUUUCAAAUGUUGUGUUUCAUCAGCUUGAUGUUCAAGAUGCUCAGAGCAUUGAGUCCUUAACAAAGUUCAUACAAACACAAUAUGGGAGGCUUGAUAUUCUGGUAAAUAAUGCUGGAGCUUCUGGAGUUGUACCUGAUGAAGAUGUCCUAAGGGCCAUGAACAUGGAUCUUGUAGACUGGAUGAUGCUACCAGCAUAUAGCGUAUCAAAAGUAUCACUCAAUGCUUACACUCAAAUUCUUGCAAGAAAAGGAACAAUGCCUGUUGAGGAAGGAGCUGAAGGACCUGUCAUGCUAGCUCUUUUGCCUGAUGGAGGACCUACUGGUUGCUACUUUGAUCAUACAGUACUCGCCGAGUUUUAG